CUCGGGGAGAGGGUUUCCGAGGGCGGUGCGGGCGCAGGAAGGGGAGCGAGGUUGCCGAGAGCGAGCCGGGGGCCGCGGGGCUGCAGUGCGAUGAAGCAGCGGCUCAGGGAGCGGAGGCAGGCGGUGUGGCGAGACUGGCCGGCCCGGGGCCCGGGCUGCUACUCCGGAGGCUGCUGAGGCGCCCGGCGGCCGGCGUGGAGAGCGGCGGGCGAGAGGGAGGACAGACAGCGGAGCGCGGGGAAAGCCGGCUGGGUGGCCGGCAGCUCGGGUUGGCCUCCCCGGUCGGGAUCCCCUGGGUGGAACCAUGCGGGUGGCCAAGUGGCUGACGGGGCUGCUCUAUCAGCUCUCGCUCUUCAUCACCAGGUCUUGGGAAGUUCACUUCCACCCGAGGCAAGAAGCCUUGGUGAGGACCCUGGCCUCCUACGAAGUGGUGACCCCCACGCGGGUCAAUGAGUUCGGAGAAGUGUUCCCGCAGAGCCGCCACUUCAGCCGGAAGAAACGCAGCUCGGGGACUCUGGGACCCACGCCGUUCAGGACCCACUACCGCAUCAGCGCCUAUGGGCAGCUCUUCCAGCUGAACCUGAGCGCCGACGCGGCCUUCCUGGGCGCGGGCUACACCGAGGUGCACUUGGGAGCCCCCGCGCGCGGGGCCCGGGAGCGCAGUGCGGCGCCCCAAGACCUGCGCCACUGCUUCUACCGCGGCCAGGUCAACGCGCGGCAGGACCACACGGCCGUCUUCAGCCUAUGUGGAGGCCUGAUGGGAACAUUUAAAGCACAUGAUGGUGAAUAUUUCUUAGAACCCAUAAUGAAGGCAGAUGGGAGUGAACAUGAAGAUGAUCACAACAAGCCACAUCUUAUAUACAGACAGGAAUUAAAGAGGAACUCUUUUCAGCAAUCUUACAAGCCUUGUGAAGUUUCAGAAAGUCAAAUAAAGAAAACUACUUUACGCUUUCAUAACUACAGCAACAUGAAUGAAGAUCUUACUGUCAAGGAGGAAAUAGUUUUAGCAUAUCCUUCGAAAAAUAUAUCACUGGAAGAUGAAAGAAGUCGAUUACAUUCCAGGAAAAAACGUUUUUUAUCAUAUCCAAGAUACGUGGAAGUUAUGGUUACAGCUGAUGCUAAAACGGCUCAUCAUCAUGGACAGAAUCUGCAGCACUAUGUACUAACCCUGAUGUCAAUUGUUGCAGCAAUCUACAAGGAUUCAAGUAUUGGAAAUCUUAUAAACAUAGUUAUUGUAAAAUUAGUUAUAAUUCACAAUGAACAGGAAGGACCAGUCAUCACUUUUAAUGCCGCUACCACGUUACGCAACUUUUGUUUAUGGCAACAAACUGAGAAUGUUCUCGACGAUGCUCACCCUUCCCACCAUGACACUGCUGUUCUGAUCACUAGGGAAGACAUUUGCGGAGCUAGAGAGAAAUGUGACACAUUAGGCUUAGCAGAAUUAGGUACCCUGUGUGAUCCUUUACGGAGCUGCUCUAUUAGUGAAGAAAAUGGACUCAGUGCCGCCUUUACUAUAGCACAUGAGCUUGGGCAUGUAUUUAAUAUUCCACAUGACGAUAGUUUUAAAUGUAAAGAAGCUGGAAUUAAACAUCAGUACAAUGUAAUGGCCCCAAGUUUAAAUUACCACACGAAUCCUUGGACCUGGUCAAAAUGUAGUCAGAAAUACAUCACUGAGUUCCUAGAUACUGGUCAUGGGGAAUGUCUUCUUGACAAACCAAGUGGGAAAAUAUAUAAUCUGACCUUUGAACUCCCUGGAUUAAUCUAUGAUGUAAACAAGCAGUGUGAACUCAUGUUUGGUCCUGGAUCACAAGUGUGUCCCUAUUUGAAACAAUGCAGGCGUCUCUGGUGCACAAGCACAGAAGGAGUUCACAAGGGCUGUCGCACGCAGCACAUGCCACUGGCAGAUGGAACAAACUGUGGUCCUGGGAUGCAUUGCCACCAUGGGCUGUGUGUAAACAAAGAAAUGGAAACACGUCCUGUAGAUGGUGAAUGGGGACCCUGGGGACCUUACAGUUCUUGUUCAAGAACAUGUGGAGGUGGAAUCAAAAGCACAAGCAGACUCUGUAAUCGUCCCGAGCCAAGAAACGGAGGCAAGUACUGUGUGGGCCGCAGGAUGAAAUUUCGAUCAUGUAAUACUGAUUCAUGUCCAAAAGGCAAGCAAGACUUUCGAGAGAAGCAGUGCUCUGAUUUUGAUGGUAAACAUUUCAACAUCAAUGGCCUUUCCCCUAAUGUGAGGUGGCUUCCAAAGUACAGUGGGAUUGCCAUAAAAGAUCGUUGUAAACUCUAUUGUCGGGUUGCUGGAACCACUAAGUUCUACCAGUUGAAGGACAGGGUUGUUGACGGUACUCCUUGUGGAACUGAAACCAAUGACAUCUGUGUUCAAGGCCUGUGUCGGCAAGCUGGCUGUGAUCACGUGUUAAACUCCAAAGUCAGAAGAGACAAAUGUGGAGUGUGUGGUGGGGAUAACUCUACAUGCAAGACAUUGGCAGGUGUCUUCAAUAGUGCUCAUUAUGGUUAUAAUGUCAUUGUAAAGAUUCCCGCAGGAGCGACGUACAUUGACAUUCUUCAGCACAGCUAUUCUGGAACACCGGAAGAUGACAAUUACCUUGCAUUGUCUGACACUCAAGGAACUUUUCUUUUGAAUGGAAAUUUCGUUGUAAGUAUGUCAAAAAGAGAAAUCAACAUAAAAGGAGCUAUUUUUGAAUACAGUGGAUCAAACAACUCAGUUGAAAGAAUUAAUAGUACCAAUCAACUAGAAGAAGACAUUUUUUUGCAGGUGUUGUGUGUGGGUAAUUUAUACAACCCUGAUGUACAUUAUUCCUUCAAUGUCCCUGUGGAAGAAAGGAAUGACUUGUUCACGUGGGAUCCAUAUGGACCAUGGCAAGACUGUACCAGAAUGUGUCAAGGUCUUCAUAGAAGAAAAAUGACCUGCAUACGUAAGAGUGAUCUUAUGGUAGUAUCUGAUCAAAGAUGUGACCAUUUGCCACUUCCAUUGUUUGUGACGGAAAGGUGCAAUACAGACUGUGAACUAAGGUGGCAUAUCAUUGGCAAAAGUGAAUGUUCAUCACAUUGUGGUCAAGGAUAUAGGACCUUGGAUGUCCACUGUAUGAAGUAUUCCAUUCAUAAAGGACACACUGUUCCAGUAGAUGACCACUACUGCGGUGACCAACUUAAACCUACUACCCGAGAACCAUGUCAUGGUGACUGUGUCUUAACAAGAUGGCAUUAUUCAGAGUGGUCCCAGUGUUCAAAGAGUUGUGGAGGAGGGGAAAAGUCUCGAGAAUCAUACUGUAUAAAUAACUUUGGCCACCGUGUUGCUGACAGAGAAUGCCAAGAGCUUUCCCAAGUGAUGAUAGAGAUCUGCAAUGAAUUUUCCUGUCCCACUUGGGCUACUAGUGAGUGGAGUGAGUGUCUUGUUACGUGUGGACAAGGGACAAAACAGCGGCAGGUAUGGUGUCAGCUGAAUGAAGACCACUUAAGUGAUGGCUUCUGUAGUCCAAUUACCAAACCUGAAUCUCUGAGACCAUGUGAGCUUCAUGCAUGUGCUUCCUGGCAAGUAGGACCAUGGGGUUCUUGCACAGCCACAUGUGGACACGGGUAUCAGAUAAGAGCAGUUAAGUGUGUCAGUGAGCUAUUUAGCACAGUGUUAGAUGAUGAGGAACAGUGCCAUGGAGCCAGUCGCCCGAGUGACAAGCAGGACUGUAUGGUUACACCUUGCCCUUUUAUCCCUAAAAUUGGGGUCACUUCAUUACCGGCUGUUCCCAUAGGAAAGAUAGCACAAUGGAGACAUGGUUCUUGGACCCCAUGCUCCGUGUCUUGUGGAAGAGGUAAUCAAGCCCGCUAUGUAAGCUGUCGUGAUGCUCAUGAUGGAAUAGCAGAUGAAUCAUAUUGUGCCCACUUACCCCGACCUGCUGAAAUAUCUGUCUGUUUUAGCCCUUGUGGGGAGUGGCAAACGGGGAAUUGGUCACCUUGUUCAGCUUCCUGUGGCCACGGACAGGCAACUCGACAAGUUUUAUGCAUCAAUAACCAUCAGACCAUUGAUGAGAGUUACUGUGACCCUGAAGUUCGCCCUCUGAUAGAACAAGAAUGUCACCUGGCAGCCUGCCUGCCCACAUACAGUCACUUUCCGAGUUCCUCUGAGCAGCCAAGCCAUUUUCCAGGCAGGAAUUUUCCAUUAACUCACAAACCCGAAGAUAAGCAAAAUCAGGAGGUCCAUCCGUUUGUCAGAGCACGCCAGUGGAGGACAGGACCGUGGGGAUCAUGUUCCAGUAGUUGUGGCGGAGGUCUUCAGCGUAGGGUCGUGGUCUGCCAGGAUGAAAACGGACAGAGUGCCGGUUACUGCGAUGCAGCCUCCAAGCCCCCAGAGUCAAAGCACUGUGAUGCAGGGCCCUGUCCUCGGUGGAGCUACGGGAGCUGGGGAGAAUGUACACAAACAUGUGGAGGAGGAAUAAAAUCAAGAUUUGUAAUAUGUCAGUUUCCCAAUGGCCAAGUGUCACAGGAGCACAACUGUGAAAUCUUAAACAAGCCGCCUAGUGUGAUACAAUGUCAUGUGCAAGCUUGCCCUGAUGAUGUAUCAUGGCAUCGGGGAUCAUGGAAAUCGUGCUCAGCUUCUUGUGGUAAAGGUAUAAAGUACCGUGAGGUGCUUUGCAUUGACCAAUUCCAAGGAAAAUUAGAAGAAAAAUAUUGCAGUCAUCUACAGAAACCUCGAACUCACAAAGCUUGUAGAUCUGGCAGGUGCCCUUCAUGGAAAACCAGUAGAUGGAAGGAGUGCUCUGUGACCUGUGGCUCUGGAGUUCAGCAAAGGGUUGUAUACUGCAUACUGAGAGGCAUUGGUCGUGUGGCUGAAGAAAUGUGUGAUCAAUCCACCCGGCCUUAUUUUCAGAGGCAAUGUUGGCGUCAGGAUUGCUUGCAGUACCAGUGGAUGGCAGGAAAGUGGCUGGAUUGUUCAACAUCAUGUGAGAAAAAAGAGACACAUCGACUAGUCAAGUGCAUCAAUGCGCAGAACUUUCAAGUGAAUGAAAGUUUCUGUGAUCCUUCAACCAGACCUCCUUCAAUAAAGAAAUGCAGAAACCCUCCCUGCAAGUAUAUUGUAGUAACAGGAGACUCAUCACAGUGUGCAUAUAACUGUGGAUUUAGUUACCAACAGAGGAUUACAUAUUGCAUAGGGAUCCGGUCGGCUAAGAAACAUAAGCUCCAUCAGCUUCAGCCUGUAGAAUAUCAAGAAUGCCCUGUGCUACCUUAUUCUCAAGUUUACAAAUGCAAUGUGAAGAGUUGUUUGCAUAUGGCCACUUGGAAAGUUGGAAAAUGGAGCAAGUGCUCAGUGACUUGUGGAAUCGGGAUAGUGAAAAGAAGAGUGGAAUGCAUGGCUGAAAAUGGUUUGACCAGUGACUUAUGUUUAAAGGUUUUAAAACCAAGUGCUCAAAAGAAAUGUUAUGCCAAAGACUGUAAAUCAUUUGCCUCCUGCAAAGAAAUCCAAGUGAAAAACAACAUUACCAAGGAUGGUAACUAUUACCUUAACAUUAAGGGAAGAAUAAUAAAGAUCCAUUGUGUAGACAUGCACUUGGAGAACCCCAAGGAAUAUUUGCCACUGGUCAAAGGUGAAGAGGACAACUUUUCUGAAGUGUAUGGCCUUAGACUGCAAAAUCCAAAUGACUGUCCUUUUAAUGGAAGCAGGAGGCAAGACUGUGAAUGUAAAAAUGACUACCUAGCUGCUGGAUAUACUGUUUUCAGCAAAAUAAGAAUUGAUCUCACUGCCAUGCAAAUUAAGACUACAGACCUUCUUUUUUCCCAAACAAAAUUUGGAAGAGGAGUUCCAUUUGCCACAGCUGGAGAUUGUUAUAGUGCUGCCAGAUGCCCACAGGGACAGUUCAGCAUUAACUUGGCAGGAACUGGAAUGAAGAUAUCCAGCACAGCCAAGUGGCUUGCUCAGGGGAGUUAUGCCUCUGUCAUCAUACACAGAUCACAGGAUGGAACCAAAGUCUACGGCAGGUGUGGAGGGUUCUGUGGAAAGUGUAUUCCUCACCUGACUACUGGUCUCCCAGUUCAAGUAACAUGAACAUUUAGAAGUGGAAAGUAUGCCUCAAAGAGGAGAUGCUGUCUGGAAUAUGAAAAUAACUGGUGCUCAUUUCUUUAUUUCUCCCUUCCUAAAAUUCCCCUGUCCAAAAUAUCUCUGCAUUUUUUUCAGGGUGCUAAUCAGGGACUCAAAUGACUGUUUAAUUUUUUCAAGGCCUUCAAAAAAACUUAUCAGAUACAUGACUCUAAUCAGGAUCUUUUAUAAAUACCAAUAAUUUAUGGUAGAGUAUGCAAGAAUGUUUGAAUGAAUUAUAUCAAGACAACGUUGCUGUUAAAAGCUUGGACUGCACCACAAUCAUAUUCCUAUAACACACAUGUAAAUCUCUCUUCGGUGUCCUAUUAUACAAUAAAAUGUUUAUUCUACUUGUUAAAAUGGAGCAAGUAAAAAUUAGGCAAAUAAACUUAUUCAAAACUACGAUAAACAUUAUUGAGUCUGUCAAAUGACAGGUGAAUGGCAAAUCAAUACUACAUUUUUAAAAAGUACAUAGUUAUUUUACU